AUGAAGAAGCUUCAUCAGGAGCGCGGUGGCAACCCGAUGCUGGCCCAACAGGCUCGCCGCGUGCUGUUUGCCACCUCGAUCACCGGGCAGAACGUCGACGCCCGCUCCGUCGCCCUUCUGCUGAACACGGCGGUGUAUUUUGGCAUGGAGAGCGACGCACGCGUGGUGCGGGAGUGUAUUGACUUCUGCCUGAAGAACGACAAGUUCAUCUCGCUGGACAUUCUGCCAAUUGUGGUCACGGCAUGCGCGACGCUCAAGUCGCGCGACGCGCGCGAGGUGAUCGAGCUGCAGGCGAUCAAGGCCACCAAGAAUGCACGCUUCCUAGAUGCGAAGGGCGUCACUAACAUCAUUAGCGCCUUCUCCAAGACUGGGAUCAACCAUGAGAAACUGUUCCGGCUGCUCUCGAUGCGUGUGCAGACCCUCGCGCGCGUUGGCGAGUUUGAAGCGGCACACCUUGUGAUUCUUGCCAACGCCUUCGCAAGACUUCGCUACAGAGAGCAAAACGUGUUCAGUGCCAUCGCGCGGCGUGCUAUGUCACUGCGGGAGCGCGUUACUGUGAACGAGCUGGUGCCUCUCAUCAACGCCUUUUCCAAGGCGGGGCUCAAGGACCCGAAGUUGAGCAAGCGCUUCGCCGGCAAGGCAAUGGAGUACGUGGACCAGAUGAACGCCGAACAGGUGGCGAUGAUGUUCCAGGCUUUUGCCUACUUUGGAAUUCGCUACGAUCAACUCUUUGGCGUACUGACCAACCGCGCUGUGGAGCUGAUUGACGAGUUCAACGCGCAGUACAUCAGCACCACACUCGCCUCCUUUCAACGCAUUGGCAUCAACAACCCCGAGUUGUUCGACAACCUGGCUGAGCGUGCGCUUGCGGUGGUUCAGGAUCACGACGCCAAGGACAUUUCCUUCACCGUAACAGCGCUGGCACAUUUUGGGCUCAAGGAUGAGGAGCUGUUCAAGCGACUCGCCUCGCACGCCGCGUCCAUUGCGGACCAGUUCGAUCCACUGGGACUGGUGAACACAAUCCACGCAUUUGCUCGCACCUUCUUCCUGCAAGAGGACAUGGUCGUCGCCCUUUCAGAGCGCUGCGUGUACGUGUGCCGCCACCUUGACGCGAAUCAGGUGCGUCGCCUGCUCUGGUCGCUCGCCAAGUUCCAGGUGAAGGACCCCCGCAUUCUUGCCCCGGUCUUCAACCGGUGCCUAGCGCUCCAUCAGGACUUCUUCUCCGACCCGAUGGGUGGGGAAGAGAUCGAAGAGAUCUUCGACGUCUUUGGGCCCAACUUCUGCCCUCCGCUCUACCAGCUCUACAUGUCGCGGGGAAGCAGCAUGUAG